AUGACCCUUCCCGUCCUGCAAGGAGCUGCGCUGGGCGGCUGGGCGAUGGCGCGCGCUCUCGCUCUCUCCCUGGCAGGCGCGGUGGGUCUCAGAGGUGGGCCGGGACUGGCAUUCAGCUCGGAGCAGGCACAGUCCUUCUCGAGAGGGAGAGCGUCUUUGUGUGCGCGCGUGUCUCUCUGUGUGUGCGUGCGUGGCCGUGGAGGAGGCCAGCGGGAAGUGUUCUGCUCCUCAGCCACCGAGCAGCAACAAGUGCCUCGACGGAGGGGGAGCCGAAGACCAGACACGGAAGGAAAGGGGCCUGGCUGGCGAGCCGGAGAGCUACAGGAUUCGGCCCCCCCUGCCUUGAGGCAGAACUGGAAGCAGAUGGCAACGGAACUGGUGCGCGCGUGUUUAUCGAGGGCACAGGAGUCUGGUAAAGAAAAACACCGUGUUAGGAACAAAUCAGACGGAUAUUGCAGCAGCAGGAACAGGAGGAGGAGGAGGAAAUCAUCUCCUCUCCUCUUUUCUCUCUUCUGGUCCUCAGCAGGUUGCUGAGUCUUCCCAACGUGGAGAGGAGAGAGGGCUUGGCUUGACUUUAAACUUUGAAAGAGCUCCAGUGUUGGAUUCCCACGAUGGUUCUCUCUCUCUCUCUUUGACACAGAUCCGCCAACAACUCACUCCCGGGGUCUCGCCGUUCCUGCCGUCUUGGAUUGCCGAGCUUCGCCUUGGCUCCCACGCAGGUCAGACGUGCGAUCGAGAAACAAACAAGCAAACCAUGGACGUCUCCCGCGCUCGAGGAAGGAGCCGCCGCCAGCGCUUAUUUCCUAGACGUUAGCCUCCGGGCGAGGAAAGCCGAGCGAACCAGGCGCACCAUCCGCCGCUGCUUCUGCUUGGCUGAGCUGGUUCCCCUCCAGCAACCCCCAGGGAAGGCGAGAGGGGCGCGCGGCGUCGGCGAGGUCCAAGCAAGGCUGAGGAGGAGAAGCCGCUUCAAGCUCCCGGCAAGACGCGCUUUCCGUCGGAGGUGGCCGUCGUCGGGUCCAGGUGGGACUGCGCUUUCCUCACAGCUCCUGCCGAGAGAGACGGCGAAGGGUCUUGCCGGCCUUCAGGUGCGCCUGCGAAAGAACUGGAGGAAGCCGAGCCCGCUCCGAGCUGCCUCAUGGUCGGAUGGUGGGAGGGCGAGAGGGAGGGAGGGAGGAGGGAGGGAGGAAGCACCGCGCACCGCCUGGGCGACUUGGCCUCUUUCUUGCCACCCCUCCCCUCCGACAGGGCUGGGAGGGGCAGCCUGCAGGGAAAGGGGGGGGGCUGGUCACCAGGGGCAACUGGGGGGCCGCCCAGAAGUUGGGGGCGGGCGGAGAGGGGCCAUGGACAGCUGCCGCCCGAGUUGUGCUCCCCGCGCCAGGCGCUCUGUUGCGCGAUGCCCCGCGGCGUCGAGGCUCCACGGAAGAGCCGGAGCGCACAGCCUCCUCCUGGCCUUCGGCUCGAGGCAGCCGACGGAGGCGGGAGCAUUUCGCCCCUUUGUCCAGAGGGGGCGCUCUGCGGAGGGCAGCGCCAGCAGGACGGCUCCGGCGGCUCCGCAGCCAGUGGCUUCCCGCCGCCUGUUGCCCGGAUACUGGGCGCUUCAAUUCCCAGCCCGGCUCGGCUGGGCUCGUCUCCCUCGCCUCCCAGGAGCUGCGCGGGGAGAGAUUAACGCCGUCGGUGCCGGCGCGCUUUGGCAGCUCCGGCGCCGGAGGGGGUGUGGACGGGGCGGGGCUGCCUGAGCUCUUCGGCGCGGCUUCCUCCUCCUCCGGAGGGGGGCAACUCGAGACGGGGAACAAGCUGCCCUCGGAAGGGAGGGGCGAGCUGUUACGGAGAGUCCUCUUUGGGGUCCGAGUGUAAAGGAGCUGGCAUGAGAGCGAAGCCAUCCCAAAACCCCACCAGUGUAAAUUUUCCGGCUUUCAGAUUCAGAGGAGGAAGUUGCGGUCGUGA